UCCUACUCAUAUUCGGAGAAUAACAAUAUGUGAGAAAACAUUUAUUUCUUUUUCGGAACUACUCAUAUUAGUAUUUCCUAUCUACAUUUAAUUUAUCCUUGACCUCUGUACGAGGCCAAUACGGCAGGAUUUAAAAUGAGAGGUUAGAGAAUCGUUUAGAAAUUAGUUUGUCUUGGUUUGUCUUCCCGCUCGCUCUGAAAUAACAAGUCGUUUAUCGCUGUCUAAUUGCGAUAUCACAAUUCCAUUCGAUAUCUUAAAAUUAUACAUAAAGAACGAGCUUUCGACACAUGAUAGCCGUAUUGACCAGACGAGCGAGUGGAGGGGAGCACAUUCGAAAGUGCUUAUCGCGCAUUCUGGACCGCAGAGAUUUAUCCGCUGUUGUCGUGAAAAAAGCCAAGAUGAGUAAACUAACUCCGGAAGAGAGAGAGCAGAAUUUGAGUCCGUUGCUAUCAACGGGAUGGACUGUUCAAGCAAAUAGGGAUGCGAUCUACAAGGAAUUUGUAUUCAAAAAUUUCAAUGAGGCCUUCGGGUUUAUGACGAAGGUAGCUUUACAAGCUGAGAAGAUGGAUCAUCAUCCCGAAUGGUUCAAUGUUUAUAACAAAGUAAAUAUUACUUUGUCAUCUCACGAUGUAAAUGGAUUAUCCCAAAGGGAUGUGAAAUUGGCGACUUUCAUAAACAAAGUCGCUAGCACUACUGGCAAUUAAAUCUCUUCGAUUUUUUUCGUUAAUCUCUCAGAGCUCUGUUAUAUUCAUUAUGCGUGAUAAUGACAAUAAUGAGAAAAAUAUAUUUGUUAUUAUUGAUUUGUAGCAUAGUAAAUGUUGAUGGCAUCAAU